AAUCGAAAGACAAAUGAAUUACAUUAUCUGUAGACUAUUCGGUGUCAGCUAGUUUCAUUGCAACACAACUGUUUACUGUGGAUUGAUUAUUAUUUUACUUUUCAAUAAAUUUACCAACUUUUUCAUAGCCAAUAUAUAUGAAAGUGUAUUGUAAAGCUAAAAUGUCCUGAUGAAUUUUUUUUACAGUGGAUAUAUAAUUAAUUCAUAGUCGUUUAAUCAGGUACAGUGGAAUAAUUUGCUUUUUAAUGUACUUAUGAUAAGUUCCCCUAUCUGGAAUUAUUAUUCAUCGAAUUAAAAAGGAAGAAAUCAAACAGUUUGAUAAUGUUGCCAAAAAAGAAACGUUGGAUGGCUGCCGCACAUACUUCCCCUACAAAUCUUGCUUCACCUCCAUCAAUGACGACUGAAUCAAAUGUUGGCCCAAAGAAGCUAUGCUGUGAUACACCUAUGCAAACAAUUGGUUCUACGCCAAGAUCGUUAUCGAAUUCAAUAUCUUCUCCGCAACCACCGGUCAAAACUCUACCCACUGGAGGAGGUUUAUUGUCUGCUUCAGAUCCCUAUGGCAUGAGUACACUACAGCAACAACAACAACAUCAGCAAGCUUUUGUUAACCGGUCAGGAUCUAAUAUAUCCUCUGAAUAUAUACAUUGUGAUAAAUCUCAGACGACAACAUCUAGACAAUCUAGUCAUUCUAUAAGGUCUACCCCACCUGGGCGUCGAAAUGAUAUGAAUUCCAAUCUGAUCACGACAAUUUCUCAGUACCCUACGGAAUUACUGCAACAACAACCCGGAUUACUUCUUCAGGUGUUACCACAAGAAUAUCUUGCAAAUUAUGCUCAAAAUUUAGCUAAACUUAAUGCUAACAAAAAUCCUGUAGAAACAAUGCAUCUUUCACCUAAUGAUUAUUCUUUAGGAUCCAAAAUCAAUAAGACAGAUACUAUGCCUCUGCAGAAUAGUGCUUAUUCCCAAGGUUUAGUGCAACAGACUGAUACUCAGGGACGUCAGACGUAUAUACCUACCCAUAAUAAUAUGUCAAGUGCAUCUCUCAGGAUAAAAUGUUCUGAAAAUUCGAAGAUUCAGCGGACACCUCAGACUCUCAGGUCUAGUCCUGUGCAUAAUUCACCUGUGUUUCAAUGUCCAGCACCAACCAAUUCCCAGAGAUUUUCUCCCCCACCUCAUCCACCUCCUCGUCAUCUAAGUGGUUCUGGGGAACAGAUAAGAAAUACUAAACCAAUGACACAAAAUCAUCAAUUACCGGCUGGAUUUGAUUUACCGACAAUAUCUGCUGUAGCUCGUGCAGCUAGUAUGUUAUCUCCAUCCCAACUUGAAGCUGCAGCUGCUCUAUUAUCUCAAUGGGAUAAUGCUAGUCACUUAGCAUUGCUAGCUAAUAAUCCAUCGUACAGAAAUUUGUGCAAUAUUCCUGAGUUGUCUGGAAAUAAACAACCUUCCAAUUCCGGUCUUAGUUUUUCUCCAUUAAUUUCAUCAGAAUCAAAUCCUGUUUCCAGCAGUUAUAUGGACAAUCAUAUGCAGAAUACAUGCAGAACUGGUAUGCUAGCUGAUUCUAAAUCACGAAGGCUUAAUGAUUUACCAUUUGUCAAUCCCAGGACUAUUCCGUCGGUUUCAACGGGGACAAUGUCUGAUUUAAGAUAUUCUAGUAUGAAACCUAAUCCUUCUUUGCCUAGAUCAAUGGAAUCGACAAAUCGUUUAAAUUCUCGUUCUUCAACCCCUGUAAAUGAACCACAAAAAUCUGAUCAUAUGUGUUGUCCACCAUGGUUAACGGUGGAUCAAAGGACCUAUCCAAUAGAUUCUUCACAUUCAAAUAAACCACAACCUAGCCCACGUGACCAUAUAUUUGAGUUAGCUGACUCAAGGCUUGCUAUACUACAUGAUGCAAAACUAGCGUCUUUAAGCGUAGAUUGGCCUUCUUGUACAAUCAGUCAAAAUAUACCUAUGAGUAAAGCAAGUCGAACCAGAUCUUCGAGUUCUUUUUCAUCGACAGCUUGUCAAGCGGUUUCUGUUCCUAAUACACCUGAAUCAUCGUUUUCAGUGAAUCAGUUGCAUACAAAAACAGCUGAGAGAAAAUUUAGUACAUCCAGUUCAUCAUCAUCUUCGGCUUCUUUUGUAACUUCUGAGUCUGUCAAUAAAACUCAAAUUUCCGGUCAAUGCAGUCCUAAUCUUUCAGUCAGUUUCAGUUUUAAAGAACCUAGCGUACAUCCUCAAACAUCUUCCUGUUGUCAAACAAUUACACCUCCAUCUCCUAACAUUGGAAUGCCUAAAAUUCCUAACUCUACACAGUCACAAUUCUUAACUCAUUCUACAGAAAACUCCCCAAACGCCUAUUCUCAAUCUAGUCCAUUUGUAUCUAUGACUACAAAUUCAACUGUUUCUUGUAUUCCUACUGAAGUAACCAAUAAAACAGAAUGUGAUCGACCUAAUAUCUGGUCAAAUAAACUAUCGAUUCAAUCCGAACAAAUUAACAGGCAGACUCCAGUAGACUCUUCAAUUAUAACACCAAAUUCACAAAUACAACCAAAACAAGAUCCUAUAAAAAUUAAAAUCACCAGUGACACUAAUUUACCGGAUCAACGGUCUCAAAACACUUCAAUGCCAUUGAAAAAACGUCUUAUCCAACGCUAUGAAGCUGAUCGUAUAGAUAUUAAACCGCCAGAUUUGACUGCAUGCAAUUCUCCUAAGAAUGAGUUAAUUAUUGAUAAUGCUAGACUUCAGAAUAGGUCAACCUACUCAGAAAAUAUACAAAAUGAUCAAUAUUUAUCUGAAAACCGGUUUACUAUGAAAGAGAAUGUAGAAAAAAAUGAUUGUCAAGAAAAAAAAUUUAAACAGAGAAAACGUUCAAAAUAUAAUUCAGGAGGAGGAAUUUUAGGCUUAAAAAAUAAUGAAAGUAAACCUAUAAAAAUUAUAACAAAAUCUUCAUCGAAUAAUUUACGAAAACCAGGUGCAAAAUGUUUACGUAGAUCUAAACUUACUUUAUGUGAAACAGAAUUGAAUUCAGUUAAAUCAGAAUUUGAUCUAUCUAAUGAAGAUAGUUUAAAAACAAUCAUUUUAAGACGAUCUAGAAAGCAUAAUUCUAGUGUAAAUAGUACAUCUAGUCUAUCGCAUACAUCAUUAUGUCAUGAUUCAAUAAGAGGUACUGGGAGAAGAAGAAUAGCUGCUGUCAAUGGGAAUCUAAUGAUGAUGGUUACUGCUCGUGCUCAAAGAAGUACUAGUUCAGGUAGUAGUAGCUCUAGUCUUAGAAGUGUUGAAGGUGAAUGUAGUGAUAAUGAAGUAUGUCCAUAUUCUUCUUCAAGUUCAUCUACUAUUCGUUCAAAAAGUUCACUUGAUCGACAAUUAUCAUAUUCCAAAAUAUCAUCAUAUAAAUCCACUUUGAAAUGUAUAACUGGGAAUGCAAACAAUCAUUCAAUAAGUGUAGAUGAAUCACAAACUACACAUUCAUCUAUUGAUAAUACUAAUAAUGGAUCAAAGAAGUCUAAAAGAACAGGUGCUUUAACAGUGUCUACAACAACACUUUCAUCUACAGUGAAAAAACCUCGUCUAUCUACAAAACAUCAACAUACAGAUGAUGAUGAUGAUGAUAAAUUGAGAAAUAAUCAUAAAGAUAAUAGUUCAACAUUGUUAGAUCACAAUGACUCUAUAUCUGUGGUUAGUGAAAAUUCUUAUGAAAAUCCUAUACCAGAUGAAUUAUCAGCAGCAUUAGCUGAAGAGAAUUUACAAUUUGAAGAACUUGUAAAACAACUUCCUGGUCCACCUGAUUUAAAUCGUACAGCAAAUAAAUCGUUACAUUCUACGCAUUCAUUAAAUUUUUACAAACGUAGUCAACGUGUUUUUGUUCAACUAAUAAAUUGUAAUGAUCCAGGAUUGAAACAAGUACCAAAAUGUCGUGCUUGUCGUCAAACAAAAGUAUCUUAUCAUCAUAAUUCACCUUUAAAUAAUUUACUAAAUGGUAUCGAUUCUGAUGAUGAUAAUAAUGAAAAUAAAAUUUUAACAACUAAUGAAAUUUCUAGUCCAAAUAAUCAAAAUUAUUCAGAUGGAUUAGAUAAAAAUGUUCAAUUUAAAAGGCCACCUGGUCGACGAUCUACUACAGAAAAAAAUAAACAAAAAGAUAAUAAUAUAACAACAGAUAAAUCAAAGAGUAAACGUAAUACUAUUAUACAUUCACCAGUGUCUGUAUUCUGUCGAUUUUGGGGAUUUAGAAAAUUGUGUUUCAAUAGUCGUGGUGUACUAAAAGUAGCUGAUUUCUGUCAAUCAACUGAAUCGGAUGCUUCUGAACGUUCCCUUUGGGAGAUGUAUCAUCCAGUUUCACCAUUUCUGAGUACAUAUGCUGCGCGCUAUAUCUUGGAAUGUGCUGGUGGUUUAUUUUGUCAUCUACUCCAUCAAGAAUUGACCACUCUGAAUGGUAGUCAUUCAAAUCAGUUAGAACAUGAGAAGGUCAAGUCAACAGUUGGUAAAAAUGGGACAUGUCACUCAGAACUAUUAGAUGUCAGUAAAGAUGGUAAUAAUAUUCAGGUUGCUUGGAAAAAACCUGUGAAAGGAGUGCGUGAAAUGUGUGAUGUCUGCGAAACUACGAUGUUCAAUACACACUGGGUUUGUGGUAAAUGUGGUUACUCUGUAUGUACAGAUUGUUUAAAUGAAUCUGGGAUCUCCAAUCCUCUGACCAGUGGAGAUACCAAAGAGAAUGGAAAGCUCAAUGAGAAUAGUACAUCAGAAAAAGCAAAAACCAAAUAUUCACGAGGUCGUGGAGGUCCAUUUGGUUGGGCAUCAUGUACUACAACACGUCAAUAUCAUGAUCCAAAUAAACUUCUAUUAACAUCUUUACUACCAUCUGGUAUUAUAGGCAAAUUAAUUCAUCGAUUACAUCGUAUAGCUAAUUAUUAUCAAAUUAAUUUAGGUUGUCAUUGUUCUUCAACUAGAAUAUAUAAUGAUAAUUUUUCUAUGUUGAAAACAAUUAAAUCAUUGGAUAAUAGACAGCAUAUUGAUCAAAAUUCACUUAAUUUAUUAGCUGAUAUAGCUUUAAAAACAGAUGAAUUAAACACUAAUGAUACACAUGUUACUCAUUUUAUUGAUCCAAUGAUAGACUCAUCUAUUCCUAUUGUUACAAAUAAUGAUAUUAAAUUAUUCGAUAGUAAACAAAUAAAAAAAUUUCCAUCACAUAAUUGGAUUCAUUCUAGAAGUUAUAGUAUUAAAAAAGUCUGUCAAAAUGUUAAUAAUUUAACCAAUACUACUACUAAUAAUAAUAAUAAUAGUAGUAUUCAUGAUGAGGUAAAUACUAAAAAUUUUCAAACAAAAGAAAUGAAUCAUCAGUAUCCUGUUGUUCUACGUUUACAUUGUCCUGAUUCACCUGGAGUUAUAUUAGCAUUUCAAUCUCAAUGGAGAGUUAAUCAUCCAAUUAUUAUCUCUGGUUGCCAACAUAAAUUCACACGGGAGCUAUGGACUCCACAAAGUUUUUGUGAUGAUUUUGGAGAGUUAAAAACGGUACUGGUUGAUUGCGCUACUGGUGCUGAGAUUACACGUUAUUCCUUAAAAACAUUUUGGGAAGGUUUUGAAAGAAGAGAACGUCGAAUCACAAGUAAAGAUGGUCGUGCACUUUGUUUAAAACUCAAAGACUGGCCAACUACAGAUGAUUUUGCUGAGUUACAACCGAAACGUUAUUCAGAUUUAAUGUCAAAUUUACCAAUGCCAGAUUAUACACGACGUGAUGGUCAACUGAAUCUUGCAGCUAGACUGGCUUCCUUUUUUGUUUGUCCUGAUUUAGGCCCUAAGUUAUAUGUGGCCUAUGGAACUGUUGGUUCAAGUUCAGUCAGUACAACUAAUCUACAUGUGGAUAUUGCUGAUGCUGUCAAUGUUAUGCUGUAUGUUGGACAGUCAACAGAUUCUGUCAAUGAUAUGUUAUUAAAUGCUGAGACAGUAAUGAAUACUUUAAAGUCUGCACAUGUUGAUAUAAGCUAUCUUGAUAAAACUGUCAACUGGUUGAAUAGAAUCAAAUCAUAUCAGAAUACUGUUUGUAAUAAUCAUAAUAUUCAUGAAAGUGAAUAUGAUGAUAUUCCUGGAGCAUUAUGGCAUAUAUUUUUACCAGAGGAUUUGACUGUACUACGUGAAUUUCUAUCUAGAGUGAGUGAAGAUGAAACAGGUACAUCAGCUGAAUCAGGCAGUGAUCCAAUCCAUGAUCAAUUAUUUUAUCUAGAUCAACCAUUAUUAGAUCGUUUAUAUGAUUAUAUGGGAAUUCAACCGUGUACAAUUGUACAAUUUCUUGGUGAUGCUGUAUUCAUUCCAGCUGGAGCUGCUCAUCAGGUUCGCAACUUGAAUGGUUGUAUUAAGGCAGCUGUGGAUUUUGUCUCACCGGAACAUUUACCUCAGUGUUUCCGGUUAAUGGAAGAAUUUCGUCAGUUAUCACCUACACACCAAAAUCAUGAAGAUAAAUUACAAAUUAAGAAUAUGCUGUUCCAUGGAAUCAAAGAUGCAUUAUCAGUUCUAUUGACUAGUGGCAGUUGUAGCGACGCCGACGUCAGUGAUCGAGGUCGUAGUAAUCAGAGUCAAGUCAGUUGUUGCAAGUCAGAGCCAAACUCUGACCAAAAACUGUCCCAACGUAUAGACGGCUUUGAUAUACGAGCUAGAUCCUCCUCUUCAACUGGUGUUGGUGAUAGUCGAAUGGUUUCAGACAUUUCAGAUGUAAAGAUGGAUAUGGAAUCAGAGACAAUCCAUCAUAAUUUACAGGGUUAUGAUACAAAUACUCUGAAGCCGAAUAAUUCAAGAGGUGGACGAUGCAGAGGUAGACCAGGAAGACCUAAAGCAGUGGACCUAGUCGGUAAUCAGAGUAUUAGGCCACAUAGUUCAUCGUCUGGUUCAUCACCUUCUAUUUCACCGAAUCCAGUCUCUAAUUCUCCCUCAAUACCCAGUGUUCAUAGUGUUGUUACUGGGAGCAGUAGCUAUGGUGGUGGUGGUCCAGUGAACUCCAGUGCCCUAUCAAGUUCUUUUAAAAUUUCUUCAAAAGAUUCAGUUUGUACACCAUUUUCUACAGAGAAAAUAAAAGAUGUUAAGCCAAAUAUUAUUAUCACAGAUUGUGAUCGAAUUCCUACUACUACUACUACUUCUUCUUCUGUCUCCAUGUCCUCUUCAUUGUGCACUUCUGCAUCUAGUCCACCGGUGAAUUCAGAUGCAUCACAUAUCUUAUCCACCUGCUCCUUCCCAUCAUCAUCCUCCUCUACCACAUCCUCUUCAUUGUCAUCAUCAUCAUCAUCAUCACUGUUGCAGCAUCAAUACCAACAACAGCCUCUUCAACAACACCAAAAUGGUACUAGUCGUUUUCUGAAUCUAUCCAACAUUGAACACUUAUCAUAAUUAUCCUUCUUUGAAGUAUUGCCUGUUGUCAAUAUCUUCAGUCCAGAUGCUCUAAUAAACAUAUGUAAAAUAUGUUAAAUUUUUCUUUUGAAUAAUACAAGUGGAAAUCCACUUCUUAUGCCUAUCAUGUGAUUGUUUUACUAUUAGAUAUCCUGUUUACACAUUGAAUUGCUUACGCGUUUAUUGUUCCAGCUUUGUGCAAAUACAUAUCUCAGUGUGUGGAAGAACAAAGAGUGAAGGGGGGGGGUGAAAGAGAACUGAACUCCAAAGAGGAAGAAUUGGUUAGUUAUCAGGGUUCCCAACUCCCAUCAUCUAUAUAUCAAGAUGACUACCUACUUGUACAACUAAGCAAUACUGUUGUCUCUUGCCGUCUUGCGCCUAUUCAUUCAUUCAUCCAUUCUUCUAAGUCAGGCACCAUAUUCAAUGUGUUGUAAAAGAAUAUACUGAAUAUAAUCCUUUGUAUAGUCGAUAUAUUUUUUGUUCAUUGUUUUCUCUUCUUCCUGUUUUCUUCUUUUCAUUCCUUCAUUUUUUAAAACUUAAUGGAUUGUUGUAUUUUGUCCAGCUUCUUCGUGUUUGCGUGUCUGUGUCGAGUUGCCCUGUCUGUUCUUCUUUUAGUCUAAGUUUUUCUCCCUCUUCUUGCAUACACUGCAACACAGAAAAUAUACUAUUGACAAAUACUGUUAUCAGUAGUAUCAAGUGUUAAAACAUUGUCAUUCACACUACUCUAUUCUUGUAGUAUUUUGCACAUAUUUUCACACCCCGGUCAUAUUUAUUAAUUUGUGUGUGUAUGCGUGUGUGAAAGAGAGGGGGGGGGAUACUUUUCACCUUAUUUGCAUGGCACACAAGUGUGCGCAUACACACGCAUGUGCAUGGAGAUAUUAUCCGUAAGUUGGUUAUUUCCCUUGUUGUUUUCUUCAUGGUAAUCUUUCUUACCUUCCUUCUUUGUUUGGUUAUUUUGAUUUGUGGUCACUUCUUUAUAGAUUCCAGGAGUACAUAUUGUUAUUACUAUUAUUACUAUUAUUAUUAUGUAACCGAGAUAGAACUGAAUUAUUCCUUAGGCAAUUCUUCAUACUUAAUGCCACUUAUGUCAUAUUUUACAUAAAUGUACUACAUUCAUGCAUAUAUAUAUAUAAGCCUAUGCGUUUUUGUUUUUU